GCGGCGGCCGAGCAGGCAGGGGCAGGCCGCGGGGGGCCCGGCGCAGGCCGCGGGGGGGGCCGGGGGAGGUCGGAACCGGCGGCCCCCGGCCAUGGAGAACCCCGCGAGUAGCGGCUCCCUGCGGGGUGAGAUCGGCUUCUGGGCUGAUCGAACACCAGUUCAUGAAGCGGCCAGGCGGGGAGAAAUCCUGCAGCUGCAGCAGCUGAUAGAGAGCGGAGCCUGCGUCAACGCGGUCACCUACGACUCCAUCACCCCGUUGCACGAGGCCAGCCUGCGAGGGCAAACGCAGUGUGUCAAGCUCCUGCUGGCUGCAGGGGCCCAGGUGGAUGCCAGGAAUAUUGAUGGCAGCACUCCGCUCUGCGAUGCCUGUGCCUCGGGUAGCAUUGAGUGUGUGAAAGUGCUGCUGUCCCACGGCGCCAAGGUGAACCCUCCCCUUUACACCGCAUCUCCUCUCCACGAAGCCUGCAUGAAUGGCAGCUCAGAGUGUGUGCAGCUCCUCAUUGAUGUCGGUGCGAACUUGGAGGCUCAUGACUGCCAUUUCGGGACUCCCCUACACGUGGCCUGUGCCAGGGAGCAUCUGGACUGUGCAAAGUUGCUGCUCAAGGCAGGGGCAAACGUGAAUGCUGCUAAACUUCAUGAGACAGCCCUCCACCACGCAGCAAAAGUGAAAAAUGUAGAUCUGGUGGAGAUGCUGAUUGAAUUUGGAGGAAACAUUUAUGCAAGGGACAACCGAGGAAAGAAGCCAUCGGAUUACACCUGGAGCAGCAGUCCCACAGCAAAGUGCUUUGAGUACUACGAAAAAACACCUCUGAGCUUGUCACAGCUCUGCAGGGUUACGGUAAGGAAAGCCGCCGGGCAGCGAGCGCUGGAGAAGAUUGCCAAGCUAAAUAUUCCUCCACGAUUAAUCCAAUACCUGUCCUACAACUGACAGGGGUGAAGGUGGCCGGGAAGGACGAUAUCUUUAGCUCCCGCAGUAUGAAGUAUCUGUCUCUUUCUCUUCUACCUCCCUCCAAGAAACUCGUUUUAAUUUAAGCAAACUGGUGUAAAUGGUAUUUAUGAGGCAGCACUUCCUCUUCUCUGUGGGCAAAGACAGGCUCAGGCAACGUGUAGCUCUGGCUUGGAGCUGUAAUGUCUCCCAGGGUGCUCUGUUAGACUGUCGCUAUGUUCGAGGCUGUAGUGCUUACUCUUUGAGAGGGAUUAAUCUUGAAUAAUUUCACCUCUCUCUAGCCUAAAGGCGUCUCCGUGUGAUCUAGCCAGGCUCCCUUUGCAGUCAGUGAAGGGAAAGAGAUACUUCUGGAGCGCGACUCAUCUGUCCUGUUUUAGACACCCGUGCUGGGAUGGUACAGUACGCCUUGGGAGCGCCUGUCUCCGCUGACUGCAAAGGGAUUUGGAGGUGAUACCCUCGGACACGGGACGCCUGUGUUUCUGCGGUGGGAGCGCUGGAUCCCACCUCGGUGUUAAUAACUCAAGUCGUGACUGCCUAAUGCCAAGGGACGAGGUUUGAGAGACGACGUGCGUGCUCUAGCUGGAGGCAAAUUAAAUCCAGGUCAAGCUCAGGACUAAUUAGAGGUACUGCAGCCAGCUCUUGACUUUCCGUGAACAUCAGCGGGCUUUGGCUCAACGCCAGCAGUGAGGACAAACUGCUGCCGGAUCAGGGUUGACUUUCCCCAUGCUCCUUCCUCACAGAAGGUGAGCCAGCUCUUACUGCAGCGUUCCUCUAGGGUAUUACGAUGUCUAAUUUUCAAGCCCAAGCAGGAAGCAGGUCUCUCUGCACGUCCAAGGAUGCUUCCCUCCAGAUGGCUGGUCCCCAACAAUAUUUCUCCACUUGCUCUGAGCCGCUGUGGCCGCUCUUGUUGGUUUUAUGUGCAAUAAGUGGCAGAGCUGCUGCCCAGCGGUGCCUGAAGUCCAGCAAGGGCGUUUCCCUUGUGUGGCGGCGCAGCAGGUCCCUGUGGUGUAUCCCCCACACGUGAAGGGCAAUAGGAGAGCUGGGCUCUGCCUUGGGUUUUGAGAUUUUGAUUUUUUUUUUUUUUCCCCCCCUCUGAGGUCAUCUCUCAGUGCUGGAGCCUCUCCAGAGGUUGGCAGCGGGAGCAAGCCCUGAGCCGUGCGCUGCUGAGCGCUGUCCUCGCGUCCUUUGGCUUCAGCAGGCUCGACUGGGGCUUUGUGAUUUAAACCUUCAGGGUGGCAUUUGUGUGAGCAGCGCCUAAAUCGUCCUGGUCUGCCUUCCAGAUGAGCCUAAAUCGUCCUGGUCUGCCUUCCAGAUGAGCCCUUACGUGUUGUCUGGAGGCAGUAACCUGCAGGGUACGUGUUACUAAGGGGAUGGAGCUCUCCCAUGCCCCCACGGCAAGUCUUAGCACUGUGAUGAGAACAAAUUCCUCCUGAAUGACAGCAAAUGCUAUGAAAUCUGCUCCCUAAUGUGGCGUUGUCGAGCUAACUCGGGGCCCUCCACACCCUUCGUGCCCUGAGCGAGUUGCUUGCCUGCUGCCUGCAAGAUCUCGUGCUCCCCCAGCUCAGCCUUGGGAGGGAGGGGAAAAAUAGUUGUAAGCACAGGGUUGAAGAGCUGAGGUGGAGCUGAAUGCACUUUAAUGGUGACCAGCAAAUCACUUUGUGUUUUAAUUUUUGGUUAGGUUCAUUCCCCCAGCACCCCUUUGUUUGUUUUGUUGUUUUGUUUUGUUUUGUUGGUUUUUUUUUUUUAUUUUGCUGUGCCGUACCGCAUAGAGCUGGACAGCAAAAAGCUUGAGAUCCUGCUCUUUGGGGGAUUGUCUGUUUAUAAUUCUGAUUUUUGUGUUUAAAGUAUUAGAAAUGUGAAAUUGCCAAGAAGCUCAGGGAAGCCCUGGAGAUGUUUAUUGUGGGAUUCAUCCCUGUGAUUGAUAGGAUAAAGGUUUUGUAUUGUAUCUUUCAAGAAAAGCUUCCUCUGCUCAAAAUGCAAGUUGAUACAGAUAAAUAUGUAUUAGGAAGGUGCACCUUUCAGUAACCUGGGGUGAAAGCUUUCCCUCUUGGUUCAAAUUCAAAUCCCUUGUUAGGUUGCUUUUUUAACAUUGCCUAAGUUGGUGAAAUAACAAAAUGGUAAAGUCCAAAUUUCCAAUGUAAACACAAAAGACUCCUCGAACAACUGCGAAUAAAAUUAUGAGUUCCUGUUUA